ACAUUAUUUUUGUUGUGUAGACGGCAGCCCCGUCCACUGCGUCCGCACCUUGUGGCUUUGCGUGGAUUUCAAGGCUUGGUUGCUAGCACCCGGAGUUGGACAACUCAUAGCGCGGCUUUCAGCGGCUCAAAGUCACUUUGGACUAGUGAGGGAAGCAUAGGUUUCAGGUAGUUUGUGGAUACAGUUUUGGAUUGGGAAGACCGUGCAGGAUGUCGGGAUCAUUGCCAUUCUAUCAGAAACACCACCGACACUAUGAUCGUGGAUAUCGUAGUCGGGAGACCCAGUCUGCUAUCAGCCAAUACCAGCAGAGCUCCAGCAGCUACGCCGCCCACAGCAAGAGCAGCUCCAAGGGUCUUGCAGCCACCUUCUCUGCUCUGGAUGAGAGCAGAUUGAGUCCACUGCCCAAGCGGGCGAAGCCCACCUACCUGGCCAUGGACAAGGAGAACCAGAUCAUCGGCUAUGUAGUGCCCAUCUUCAGGGGCAGUCAGGAGUUUGCGAGCGGGCUUUCGGACACGGAGGACGCGCGGCUGAAGGAGAGCUCGGGCUACAUGGCGCGCCGCGGCCUCUUCUCCAGCGGCGUGGAGCUGGAGCGCAGCGAGCGCAACGAGCGCAGCGAGUUCUCCUCGUCCUCGUCCCGCCGCGCCGUCAUGAGGGAGUCGGCCGACCGCAUCUCGCUCACCAAGAGGAUCCAUGAGAACGAGGAGUACCACAAGCGUAUGAACGAGGACAACCUGAUGCAUACCCCCGAGUUUGUGAUCAAGCCGCGCUCCCACACCGUGUGGGAGAAGCAGUGCGUGAGGCUGCACUGCACCGUGUCCGGCUGGCCAGAGCCUAGAGUGGUCUGGUAUAAGAACAAUGUCAGCAUUGACCCUAUGUCGGACCCUGGGAAGUACAAGGUGGAUAACAAGUACAAUGUACACUCCCUGGAGAUCAACAGGUGUGACUUUGAUGACACGGCACAGUAUCGUGUGUCGGCCAUGAACAGCAAGGGCGAGCUCUCUGCCUUCGCCUCAGUCGUCGUCAAGAGGUUCAAAGGAGAAUUUGAGGCAGAGUUGCCAAUUCCCAGUCAACAUGGCUGGGUCAAUGAAUAUGGCAUCACCUUCGAGACCCACAUCGUGGACAAGUUUGGCGUGAGUUUCGGCCGUGAGGGCGAGACCAUGAGCCUUGGCUGCACGGUGGUCAUCUAUCCGUCUCUGCAGCGCUACAAGCCGGAGAUCGAGUGGUACAGAGAUGAUAAGCUGCUGACUCCGUCCAAGUGGGUUCAGACGCAUUGGAGUGGAGAGAGAGCCACGCUCACACUCACACACCUCAACAAAGAGGACGAGGGCCUGUACACACUCCGCGUCAUCACCAAGUCCGGAUACGAGUCACACUCGGCCUACGUCUUUGUCAGAGAUUCCGAGGGGGAGGUGCAGGGCGCCCCUGCGGCUCCGUUGGACGUGGUGUGCCACGAAGCCAACAAGGAUUACGUCAUCAUCUCCUGGAAACAGCCUGCUGUGGACGGUGGCAGCCCCAUCAUGGGUUACUUUGUGGACCGGUGUGAGGUUGGCACCCCGCACUGGAUCCAGUGCAAUGACACCCCAGUGAAGUUCGCCCGUUUCCCGGUCACCGGACUGGUGGAGGGCCGCAGCUACACCUUCCGCGUGCGCGCCGUCAACAAGUCUGGCAUGAGCCACCCGUCCCGUGCAUCUCUGCCCGCCGCCGCCAUGGACCCCGCCGACCGCGCCCGCAAAGGCACCUCUGCCCCCUGGACUGGCCAGAUCAUUGUCACAGAGGAAGAGCCAUCAGAGGCUGUGGUUCCCAGCAAACCAUGUGAUCUAGUUGUUACUGAGGCGACAAGGAACUAUGUGGUCCUGAGCUGGAAGCCCCCUACUGAGAAAGGCGAGGGUGUCAUGUACUAUGUGGAGAAGUGUAUCGUAGGCACAGACAGCUGGCAGCGCGUCAACACAGAGAUCCCUGUGAAGUCUCCUCGCUUCGCCCUGUUCGACCUGGCCGAGGGGAAGGCCUACAUGUUCCGUGUGCGUGCCUGUAACUCUGCAGGCGUGGGAGAGCCAUCGGAGCACACCGAGGCCACCACUGUUGGAGACAAGCUGGACAUCCCAUCUGCACCUGGCCGGGUGGUGCCUACUCGUAACACAGAGACCUCUGUGGUGGUGUCAUGGGAGGCCUCCAAGAACGCUAAAGAGCUGGUGGGGUACUACAUAGAGGCCAGCCUGGUUGGCAAAAAUGAGUUUGAGCCCUGCAACAACAAGCCCGUCAAAGGCACAAGGUUUAUCUGCCAUGGCCUGACCACGGGCGAGAGCUAUGUGUUCAGGGUGCGUGCUGUGAACGCCGCAGGGCUGAGUGAAUGCUCUCAGGAGUCGGAGGCCAUCGAGGUCAAGGCAGCCAUCGCCACCCCUGCGCCCCCGUUCGGUAUCAGCGUGCUGGAGUGUGUGAGGGACUCGAUGGUGCUGUCCUGGAAGCAGCCCGCUUUCAUCGGAGGCUCCGACAUCACUGGCUACUUUGUGGACUACCGCGAGGUGCACGGCGGAGUGCCAGGGAAAUGGCACGAGGCCAACAUCCAGUCUAUCAGCGAGAGGGCAUACAGGGUGUCCGACUUGAAGGAGAACUUGGAUUACCAGUUCCAGGUUCGUGCUGCAAAUAUGGCCGGUGUUGGCAUCCCAUCUGUCCCCAGUGAGAUCUUCAAAUGUGAGGAGUGGACCAUCGCUGUGCCAGGGCCUCCCCAUGACCUCCAGGCCUUGGAGGUGCGGAAGACGUCCCUGGUGUUGCUGUGGAAACCUCCAGUGUACCAAGGCCGCGAUGAGGUGAACGGGUACUAUGUUGACAUCAAGGAGGCUGAUGCAGAUUUCGAGGCUUGGAGAGGUGUCAAUGAGAAGGCCUGCCCCAACAGAUACUUGAAGGUCACCACCCUGAAGGAGGGAGAGACCUACGUGUUCCGUGUUCGUGCUCAGAACAAAGCAGGCGUGAGCAAGGCCUCCGAGCCUACGGAACCCGUCCUGGCUGAGACCAAACCAGGCACAAAGGAGAUGGUCGUUGACGUAGAUGACGACGGUGUGAUUUCACUCAACUUUGAGUGUGACUCACUCACACCAGACUCUCAGUUCAUCUGGUCCAAGAACUACGAGGAGAUGACUGACACCUCACGCAUGACCAUUGAAACCAAAGGUGGCAAGUCAAGAGCCAUCUUCAACACCCCAGAUGUGGAGGACAUCGGCAUCUACUCCUGUCUGGUGUCACACACAGAUGGAUCAUCUGGCAGCUACACACUUACUGAAGAGGGGCUGAAGGAACUGCUGAAAAUCAGCCACGACCACAAAUUCCCCAUUAUUCCACUGAAGACAGAGCUGGCUGUGGAGCUGCAGGAGAAAGGCAAAGUGCGCUUCUGGCUGCAGGCGGAGAAGAUAACGGCUAACGGAAAAGUAGAAUAUGUUUUCAACGACAAUGUUGUCUCCCAGGGAGAGAAAUACAAGAUGAACUUUGACAAGAACACUGGUAUAAUUGAGAUGGUUAUGGAGUCUCUGAGCGACCAGGAUGAGGGAACGUACACCUUCCAGCUCGAAGACGGAAAAGCCAAAAACCAGUCUAGCCUGGUGCUCAUCGGAGAUGUCUUCCAAAAGUUGAAGAAGGAGUCAGAAUUCCAAAGAAAAGAAUGGAUCAGAAAACAAGGUCCUCACUUCGUGGAGUACCUGAGCUUCGAGGUCACCCCAGAGUGCAUUGUAAGGUUGAAGUGCAAGGUUGGAAACAUGAAGAAGGAAUCUGUUGCUUUAUGGUAUAAAGAUGGACGUGAGGUUCAGGCAAAUGAGAAGCUGGACUUCAGCGAGGGAUGGCUUAACCUGGAGAUUGCACAGCGAACUGGUGACGCUUCAACUGGUGAUGAGACCGUCUGGAAGAAACUCAAAAUCUCCAAGAAGGAUGCUGGAGUGUAUGAGGUGAUUGUGAAGGAUGAUCGGGGAAAGGACACUUCCACACUCAACCUCACAGAUCAAGGGUUCAAAGACCUGAUGAACGAAGUGUUUAGUGUGAUUGCAAACUCAUCUACCCCACUGAAGAUCCAGAGCACUGAGGAAGGCAUCAGACUGUACACCUUUGUCAACUACUAUAAUGAUGAGCUUCACGUCACCUGGCACCACAAAGAUGCACACAUCGCCUUCAGCGACCGCAUUAAGAGUGGCGUGGUGGGAGAGCAGCUGUGGCUGCAGAUCAGCGAGCCCACAGAGAAGGACAAGGGCAAGUACGCCAUCGAGUUCUUCGAUGGCAAAGGAGGCCUGCAGAGGACCGUGGAGUUGUCUGGACAAGCAUUCGAUGAUGCCUAUGCAGAGUUCCAGAGGCUGAAAGCGGCAGCCAUUGCAGAAAGAAAUCGUGCUCGCGUUGCAGGUGGUCUACCAGACGUGGUCACCAUUCAGGAGGGCAAGGCCCUCAACUUGACCUGCAACAUCUCGGGUGACCCAGUUCCCGAGGUCACCUGGUUGAAGAACGAGAGAGAGAUGGUGUCUGACGACCACUACAUCCUCAAGUUCGAGUCGGGCAAGUUUGCCAGUUUUACAAUCUCUCAGGUGAACACGGCGGACUCCGGCAAGUACAGCAUCCUGGUGAAGAACAAGUACGGCACCGAGAGCAGUGAAUUCACCCUGAAAGUGACAGAGAGCCUGGGUGACCAGGGCGUGACCACUUAUAUCACCGACGCUCAGGGCAAUGUGAUAGUCGGACAGCCACCAACACCAGUGACACCCAAGGCAGCAACCCCUAAACCUCCCAAGACCCCUACACCCAAGACACCCACACCUCCCACCCCUACACCCAAAACACCCACACCUCCCACCCCGACACCUAAAACACCCACCCCAUCCCCACCCACACCUACACCCACACCCACACCAGCAGAGACCCCAGUCCCCGCCACCCCGACCCCUACCCCCACCCCGGAUAUCCCCGACACCACCUCCACACCACCAACCCCGACCGCUACACCCACACCCGGUGACGGACCCAAGGAGAAGAAGAAGGUCGUGAAGAAGAAGGUGACGAAGAGGAAGGACUCUGCCAUUCUGAAAGCCCCUGGCGGAAGCGCUGAAGCCACACCUGAGAGCACACCUGCGACCACACCUGCUGCCACCCCUCAGCCACCGGAGGACUAGACGGCAGAGCUAACAGCGGGGGCAAAAGAGACUUGUGAUGGAGCAUCAUUAUGGAAACAAGAAAGUGACAAAACAAUGACAUACAAAGUGACAACAAGAAAGUGACAAAGGAGAAAAGAGAAUGUGGUUUCUCACUGAAUGGCCGAAAUAGAUAUUGGUAAAGGGCAAUGCAACAGCUAGGCUAUUGGGCAGAGAGAGGUCGCCACUGAAAAGACAUUUCUCACUGCAUUAGGCCUAGAUUUUUACACAAGUAUAUGAGUUUUAAUACAGCCUGAGGUGAAGUUUAUAUUAUGUCUAUUGUAUAGUCUAUCAUACUUGGUUGCAGUGAAAUAGCCUAGUAGAUUUGAGGGAUCCUCUGAAUAAACAAACCUUAUGAGUUAUUUUGGAACAUGAGGCUUGUCUCAAAUAAACAGCAAACAGAGGGA